AUGGCGAUGAAACCUCCUCUCUCAAUGUCAAACUUACCUUUCCGCAAUUGCGGUCAGUGUAUGCGCCACCGAUACCUCCGUCCUACCGCACCAUCCCGAUACCUCUCUACGACCUCUCCGCUUCGCAACAGUAACCCCCUCCGCGCGCACACAAGUGCAAAUGCAAACGCACGGGAGCAAGAGAUCGAAAGGUCCCGCCGGAGGAUUGCCCUAUCCGCGGCCGGGAUGGUGGCUUGCUCGUUGGCCAUGUUCGGAGUGAUCAAGCUGGAUUUAUACGGGUUAGAACAGCAGCAACAAAAGACCCAGGAGGAGGCGGAAAAGACAAAGAUUAAUGGGGCAACUCGCAUGGACGGACCGGAGGGAUUUCCGAGUAGUCCCUCUGUCAUUCGGAUUCAGGGUCAGGAUGGUGUAGAGCAAGUUGCGACGGGGACGAGCUCGGUGCCGCAUUUCCCGUCAACAAUCCGGCUGCCGAAGUACGAGGGCGACGGAAGCUCGGCUGCGUCGAAACUCGCGCCUUGGGACGAGGUUACCGGUGAUGGCGAAGAGCAAGAGGAAUACCAGCUCCUGGGCCUUGGAAUCCGCACCGUUUCGUUCCUGAAAAUCCAAGUCUACGUCGUCGGGCUGUACGUCGCCAAAUCGGACAUCUCGGAGCUCCAGCAGCGCCUCGUGCAUAUGGCCGUCCACCCUCCGAGCGAUAAGCAGGUGAUUGCGAACCCGGUCGGCGCAACCUCUGCUACCUCGUUGGUGUCUACCGAGCGUCAAAGGUUGAAGGACCUCCUGCUUGACGGUGAGCAAGGCGAAGACGCCUGGAACGCGAUCCUGAAGGACGAUGGCCUCCGAACUGCCAUUCGCAUCGUCCCAACCCGCAACACAGACUUCGGCCACCUGCGCGACAGCUGGGUGCGUGGAAUCACGACGCGCGCGCAAAAGGCCAACGCCAAAGCCAAGGCCGCUGCUGCUGAGGCUGGUGCGGGUGCCACUGCGCCUGAGGAAUUCCAGGACGAUGCAUUCGGCACCGCGGUGAACGACUUCAAGACCUUGUUUGGUGGCGGUCAGCGCAAGCAUGUGCCCAAGGGCCAGACACUACUACUGCUGCGCAAUGCCCGUGGAGAGCUGGAUGCGCUAUUCCAGCCUGAUGCGGCGAAGCCGUUCCGGUUUAUGGGCCGUGUGUCUGACGAGCGGAUUAGCAGGUUGGUGUGGUUGAUAUACCUCGGUGGAAAGAAUGUGUCUAGUGAAGAGGCGCGACGAAGUGUCGUGGACGGCGUCAUGGGCAUUGUCGAACGGCCCAUUGGGACGGUCGUCCAGAAGAUCUUGUAA